AAAAUAGAAGCAAGAGGCAAGAAUCCAACGUUGAAAUUCAUUAGCGCUGGUUGUCUUUACCGGAAGCUUAUCAUCCAUGGCUACCAGUAAUGGAGGUGAUGAUCAACAGAAGCAAUUAGCGGAGCUGAGCAAAACCCUAAAAGAAGGAGAGAGAAUUCUCGCGCCAAGCCGACGACCCGAUGGUACUCUCCGGAAGCCUAUUCGGAUCAGAGCUGGAUAUGUUCCUCAAGACGAAGUCGCCAUUUAUCAAUCUAAAGGUGCCCUGUUGAAAAAAGAGUUGGCUUCACAUGCUGGUCCUCCGGGUUAUGAUCCUUCAUUAGACGCAAAACCCAAGUCUAAGUCAGUUAAGAGGAAUGAAAGAAAGAAGGAAAAGCGGCUUCAGACUGCUCUUGAAAAGGAAAAGAACUUGGAACAAACCGGAGAUGACGACAAUAGUAACCAGGAAGAACUAUCUGUCAACAAUUCGGGUCACAUAUCAGAGUCUGUCACUUCAUUAACCUCUCAUCUGAAUGAAUUAGCUGUUUCUAGAGAUUCUUCCAUUGUUACUCCUGCAUUAGAGACUGCAGAGGGUUCAGACCCAGCCGGUAGUCAAGACAUAGAUAAAAGAAUUCGAGCACUUAAAAAGAAGAUUCGGCUUACAGAAGCCCUACAGCAGAAAAGUGCAGAGCAAGAUUUGAAGCCAGAACAGUUGGAAAAGCUAUCAAAACUGGAAGAUUGGCGCAAGGAGCUUAAGUUAUUGGAGGAUCAGAAGGCGGACACAACAGCAUCAUGAAACGAAGUCUUAAGAAUUAGAAUGAUGAGUGUGUGUACUUCUUAUCCAUGUUUUUGUUCUUGAUGAGAUAUGGACACUUUAAUGGAAACAGAGGUUCAUCUAUCAAAGAUUUCUUUUAAUUACAUGAUGCUGUGUGUUUGCAAUGGUUUUUCCACAGUAUUGUUUUGAUUUUCCUUUUUUUCAAUUUUUUAGAUUUGUGGUUGGCAAAGGAAGAUUGAGGCCAUGCCAUUGUAUUGAGUUCUUAAAUUGUCUUUCUGAGUUUCCAUAUGAACUAUGAUGAACCAUUUGAAAGCUGCACUGCAUAUUACGAAGGAGCAACAUUUGGA